AUGAAUAAGUCUGAGAUUGUGAUAUUCAAUAGAGAAGGAACAGAUCCAGUCAAAGGUGUCAGAUUGAUUGGAGGUACAGGACAGUACGAAGGUACAAUAGAGAUUAAAGUAAAUGGAGAGUGGGGAACAAUUUGUGAUGAUGACUUUGAUAUCAAUGACGCACACGUUUUAUGCAGAAUGGCAGGAUAUCCGAGGGCGUUGCAGGCAUUUGAAAGGGCUCAUUUUAGACAGGGAAAUGGUUCUAUUAUGUUGAGUAAUUUAAAUUGCACUGGUCAUGAGACAACUAUUGAUGACUGUGGAUCAGCAGGAUGGUUCAGAAGUACAUGCGAUCACAUGGAAGAUGCCGGAGUAGCCUGCUUAGGAAAUAAAAGGGAGAAAACAGUACAAGAUGUAAGACUUAUAGGAGGCAGUGGCCCAUAUGAAGGAACCAUAGAAUUAAACAUAAAUGGUGUGUGGGGCACUGUGUGUGACGACGACUUUGAUAUACAUGACGGUAAUGUUAUAUGCCGUAUGGCAGGAUAUCCUAGUGCGUUGCAGGCAUUUCAAAAGUCUCAUUUCGGACAGGGAAAUGGUUACAUUAUCUUGAGUCAUUUACAUUGCACUGGGCACGAGACAAAUGUUGACAAUUGUGGAUCAGCAGGAUGGUACAACACUAACUGUGAUCAUGCAGAGGAUGCCGGGGUAGCAUGCUUAGGAAAUCAAAGAAAUGAAACAGUUCAAGGUGUAAGACUAGUAGGAGGAAAGGGACCAUUUGAAGGAACCAUAGAAUUGAAUAUUAAUGGUGUAUGGGGUACAGUGUGUGACCAUGAUUUUGAUAUACAUGAUGGAAAUGUUAUAUGUCGUAUGGCAGGGUAUCCGAGAGCAAUACAUACAUUUGGACAAGCUUACUUUGGCCAAGGUAAAGGUUCUAUUAUGUUAAGUAAUUUGGACUGCAGUGGUUUUGAAGAUAGUUUGGAGAGUUGUAAUUCAGCAGGGUGGUACAAACAUACUUGCGACCAUUCGGAAGAUGCCGGAGUUGAAUGCUUAGGAAGUAACAGAAGCAACACAGUAGAAGGCGUUAAGCUCGUCGGAGGUGCCUGGCCUUGGGAAGGACGAGUUGAAUUAUUGGUGAAUGGAAAAUGGGGUACUAUAUGCCAUGACAAUUUUGACGUGAAUGAUGCUAAAGUUAUUUGUACUAUGGCAGGAUAUUCACCCACAGGGCACAUACAGGCAUUUGUAAACAAUCAUUUUGGUCAUGGUAAAGGGGACAUAUUGUUAAAUAACCUGCAAUGCCAAGGGAUCGAGACAAAUAUAGAGAACUGUACUUCGGCAGGGUGGUAUAAUCAUAACUGUGGACACAAUGAAGACGUUGGUGUUUCAUGUCUCGCUAGUCUAGAUGAAGAAAACAAAAAUUUGCCCGACUUCGAUGAUAGAGGUAUUAACAUUUUGUCUAAAAUUACAGUACUUUUAGAAGACGUUAAAGAUAUUAUUUCUACUUUAGAUCCAAAUAAAGCUGUUGGUCCAGACAAAAUUAAUGAUAUGAUUGGAUUAAGUAGAAUGUUUGCAGACGAUACAUCUAUUGGACAUACUGCUCCAGAUGUAAUUACUCUCCAAUCUAUGAUAAAUAUCGAUCUACAAAAUAUUAAUUCCUGGGCAAAUGAUUGGCUAGUUAAAUUCAAUCCAAAUAAAACUAAUAUCAUGUUGUGUAGUAACAAAAAUUCAAAAAAUAACUUGAUUUUUAAUUUUGGCGGAGUUCAGGUAGAUACAGUUACUAGUCAUAAACAUUUAGGCAUAUUUUUUAGCAGUGAUUGUAAGUGGACCAAGCAUGUCGAUUCUUUAAUAGAAAAGGUAUCAAAACAAUUAAAUGUUCUUCGACGUUUGAAAUUCCGACUAAAAAGGGAAUAUUUAGAAAAAAUAUAUUUAACUUUUAUAAGGCCUGUUCUAGAAUAUUCUUCUGAAGUUUGGGAUAAUUGGGGACAGUUGAAUUCUGAAAGAUUAGAAAAAUUACAACUGGAAGCAGCACGUAUUGUCACUGGUCUAACAAGCUAUGCUAGCACUCAAUCACUUUAUUUAGAGACGGGAUGGGAAACAUUAAGGAUAGACGGGAAGUUAAGAAAUUAA